AUGAAAAUGUAAGUUAGACAUCAUUAUUCGCUCGACAUCAGCAUGGAAUUGUUGAAAGUUUGUUCUAUUGUCACCCUGCUAUUUGUCCACGAACUGAGAAUCACAGGGGCAACGGGAAAAUGCAAGUUCAGUCCUUCUUAUUUCGACAACUUCACACUCGAAAUUAGAAACAACACAUUGUAUAUGGACAUGACCACCACCAAACCGAUUCACCGCGGCCUCAAGGUCUUCCUCAACACCCAGAUCAGCCUCGACAAGGGCAGAAGCUAUCAACGCCUCUUCGCCCACAUCCUAGACACCUGUUUGGUGGUUUCCUCGGUGAGAGGAAACCUCUUUAAGAGCUGGUUCGAUAGUAUGCUGAAGCACGGAAACUUCAUGGUCAACUGCCCUGUGCCCGCGGGUCACUACUUUUUGCGGGACUGGAAGUUGGACUCGCAUUUGGUCCCGCACUAUUUGCUUCCCGGGGAUUAUUGUAUCACUGCUCACUUCUUCUUUGGUAAGCACAAGUCGAGGCAAGAGGACUUUUUUCUCGACUUGGAGAUCUAUGCCCUUUUAAAAGCCACAUAG